AUGGCCACCCUACGUACAGAGGAAAUAAAAGAACAGUAUGAAGGGUCCCGUGGGCGCUGUGACUUGCUGGCCCUUAAGUACCGAGUCCCCGUCCUCCGAUGCUGCCUGGAAGGGGCUGGCCAGGAGCCGGCCUGCCGUGAGCUGGGGCAGGGUUGGACGGCCUGGGAGGUCCAAAAAGCAGUGAAUACUGCUCAGGGGUUGUUUCAGAGAUGGACGGAGCUCCUGCAAGACCCUUCUAUAGCCACAAGAGAAGAAAUUGACUGGACAACUAAUGAGCUCAGGAACAACCUGCGGAGCAUUGAAUGGGACCUGGAAGACUUGGAUGAAACUAUUAGCAUUGUUGAAGCAAAUCCUCGGAAAUUCAACCUUGAUGCAACAGAGCUGGGUAUAAGGAAAGCUUUCAUCACAAGCACACGGCAGGUGGUCCGGGAAAUGAAGGAUCAGAUGUCAAAUUCAUCUGUGCAAGCAUUGGCUGAAAGAAAAAACAGGCAGGCACUCCUGGGAGAAAGUACAAGUCAGAGCUGGAGCUCUGGAUCAGAUAAAUAUGGUCGUUUGGAUCGAGAGCAGCAAUUAGCAAACUCGCACUUCAUUGAGGAGCAGCAGGCUCAACAGCAGUUGAUUGUGGAGCAGCAGGAUGAGCAGUUGGAGCUGGUCUCUGGCAGCAUUGGGGUGCUGAAGAACAUGUCUCAGCGCAUUGGUGGGGAGCUGGAGGAACAAGCAGUGAUGUUGGAUGACUUCUCUCAUGAGUUAGAAAGCACACACUCAAGGCUUGAUAAUGUUAUGAAGAAGCUUGCAAAAGUCUCUCACAUGACCAGCGAUCGACGGCAGUGGUGUGCUAUUAUCGUUCUCUUUGUCAUCUUACUGGUGGUGCUUAUCCUGUUUUUUGUGCUGUGAUGGACUGACCUCUCUUGAACACUUUUUCCCCUCUUAAAAAAAUGGGGAAAUGAGACUCAGUUUCUGUUUCCGUCCACCCACAGAGAUUACUGUCAUGUGAACUUGCAUCCGGAUGCUACUGUUGUGUUCUGUGGACUAACACCUGUGGCCUGACUCUUGCAAGCCCCUUCAUUGUCUCAUUCUAAGCCUUCUUGACUUGCCUGAGGGGGAAGAUGGAGGCCUAAAAUUCUUCUGCACCUGAGAGAUGCUGCUCUUUGGAUAAUAGGAUCCCCAUCCUGGAUGCAUGGGACUAGCUUUGGACUUUAGAAUAAGGCGGUUUGGAAGGAGUUUACUGCUUAGUAUUUCUCUCUGUUGCAGGUGUGAAGUUUGGAAGCCAUCCUAAACUACCACAUGCUCUUCCAUCUCCUUAUCAAAUGCCAUUCUCGUCAGGUUCAGAAAUAGAAUAAUGGUUCCUUAGGAAGUUGUUUCAUUGAUUAUGGAACCCAUCACCAGCUAACUGUGAAGCACUUCCAAGCUAAGCAGUUGGUUAGUAGGAAGGAAGGAAGGCCCAGGAGUACCAAUGUCAGUAAAUGCAUUCAUUCUUAUUCUAUGUUCACACUGACACAGGGCCAUUAAAAGAUGUGCAGAGGUAGACUGCCUUCCCAGUGGUUCAUAUAUACUUUGCUUCUGAAAAUACUGUAUUGGGAGCAGUAGGCUUUUGAGCAUUAAGGAGUUACUGUUAGGGGAGCAGUGUCUUAUAACUGCUGAAAUGAAAUCCAAUGUGAAUCAAGUCUAUAAUAAACAAGUUGGGGGACCAGUGCAGGCAAGGGCUACUGGCCCUGUACAUUAGAGUGGUCUUCUAUCAGUAAGAUUAAUGUGACUUCACACAGUGAAAUCCAUUGAACUCUAAUAUGCUAGGAUGAAUCUUGAGCAAAACAUAAGCUUGCAAGACAUCUCAGCGUCUUAUACAUGACAUGUAUGUGAACUCUACAAACAUUGUAUUGCUGUACCCGAGGCAGCUGCGGUUAAACUCCAGAGCUUUAACUUUCUGUUUUCAUGCACUGCAAGCUAAAAGUUGGUAAAUACACUCUAGUCUGCAGCUGAACUUUUUAAAAAGCUUUUUUCCCCUUUUCUUCUUUUAAAUUUUCUUGGUUAUACAAGCCUCUAAAAACUCAUUGACUGAUGCUGUUUUUGCCCUUGUAUACCUGAGUAACUGCUUCCUUUAACAGCUGCUUUCCUUUCUGCAAAUGAUUCUCUUUUUCUUUUUUUAAACUCAUGGUGUUUGAGAAAUAAACUUCAAAGAUUUUAAAAAUUAUUAGGGCCAUGUUCUCUCCUUAAAUGUGUGUCACUCCCCCCAAGUCAAUUGUGUACACGUAUCAGAGUAGAUUAUGGCCUGAAUGUAUGUUAACACCUACCUAAAUAGAAUGUCUUAAAACAUUUAUUGACUUGGUAUAUUUUGAGAGUUGUUGACACAAACCAAACGCCAGGAAAUUCAAAAGUCAAGUCAGACUUUUGUUCAAUAUUCCCAGUCCUUUGUUAGCUUUGAAUUGCUUACCAGUUUAGUCCCGUUUCAUAUAAUUUUCUCACUUUAUACUCAGUGAGUCACUUAUUUAAAAAUAUGGGUGAAUAGUAAUACCAGAAUUUUAUCUAGAAAUAUUUGACCUGGCUUUUUUGGACAGAAAUCCAAAUAGCACUUUUGGGCUGUAAAACUGAUUAAAGAAAAAUAGGCGGGGGGGGGGAAGGAUUAAGUUCCUUCUACCCCUUCUCAGACCUAAAUUUCUCUAGAAAUGAUUAACACUAUUGUUUGUUUGGUUCUUUUUUCUUUUUAAGCUGGGUGUGUGAAUUAGUACCUAUACACAAUAGACUGGCAAAAAUUUCAUAGUGCUUCCAAAAAAACAGUGCCU